AAUACCACGCCCCUCGCUGUGUUCCGGGAUGCGUCUGCGCGCAGAGCCUUGAGAUGCAUCCGCCUCGCCUAAAGCAGGUGUUGGACACCUCAGUCCUGGGAGGAGGUGAGUAACCUCCACAUUUGCUCCCGGGCUGGAGGAGAUCCGGUGCCCCGCUGCCGAGAGGGACAGUCCCAGACUCUUCCCAGACACGAGCUGCAGCCUCCACCACCUUGCCACCACCUUGCCGACCCUUCUAGAAAUAGCUUAGCCUUUAUGUGCAUUGGGUUUUACCUCCUGAAGCUGUUUGCUGCGGACUCACUUGUGCAGUUAUUCCCCAUUCGUGGGACAGUUGACAAGGUGGCCUUCAUGGCUGUUCCACGUGAUUCACAGGAACCUUCCUAUCUGCUACCUCCAAACCCUGAGGACUGGGAAGGACGAGACAUCCCAGACUUUGUUUAUGGACAGAAGGACCUCGUAGGGAAGGGAAUUCAGUGGCCAAGGAAUGCACCCAGCACCCUGGACGAACUGCCACGGUCCCGCUUUGACUCUGCCCUCUGCUCUGCGUGGAUACAGCGAGUGGAACUGGGCCUGUUUCGAUACCGCCUAGAAGAUCUGCAGACCCAAAUCCUCCCUGGUUCUGUGGGGUUUGUAGCUCAGCUGAAUAUAGAGCGAGGAGUACAGAGGAGGCGCCCUCAGAAUAUCAAAAGUGUAAGGCAGGAGUUUGACCCUGAACAGUUUAACUUCAAUAAAAUCCGACCUGGAGAAGUCCUUUUCCGUUUGCAACGGGAGCCUAGCGGCCCAGCUGCCCCAAAGCAAGAGGACGUCCUUGUGGUGAUCAAUGUCAGCCCCCUGGAGUGGGGCCAUGUGCUGCUGGUGCCUGAGCCAGCUCGUGGCCUCCCCCAGCGCCUGCUGCCCGGGGUGCUGCGGGCCGGGCUUGAAGCUGUGCUUCUGAGCUCCCACCCAGGCUUCCGCGUAGGCUUCAACAGCCUGGGAGCUUUGGCCUCUGUGAACCAUCUGCACCUGCAUGGCUACUACCUGGCCCACCCACUGCCUGUGGAGGGCGCCCCAAGCACACCUCUGGAUCCAAAGGGCUGUCUACAUCUGCUGCAGUCGCUCCCAGCUCCUGGCUUCCUCUUUUACGCUAGUGGGCCAGGGCCUGACUUGGAAGCCUUGAUUAGCAGGGUAUGCCGGGCCACUGACUAUCUGAGUGACCACGAGAUUGCACAUAACUUAUUUGUGACCCGGGGAGCUCCACCUGGGCAGGCAUCCUCUUCCUCAGGCCUCACUGGGAUCCGAGUCAUUCUGUGGGCCCGGAAGUCCAGCUUCGGAAUUAAGGAAAGCGGGGCUUUCAACGUUGCACUCUGUGAGCUGGCCGGCCACCUGCCGGUUAAAACACCCCAGGACUUCGGCAGCUUGACAGAGGCAGCUGCAGUGGCCCUCAUUCAGGACUGUCUGCUGCCCCAAACUCAGGCAGAGGAGGUACAGGCAGCACUGGUGGCCCUGGUGGCCCAGGAAGAGCUGUGAUUCUUCGGUUCUUUCUUUACUGAUUUCAGACCCUUUCUAAAGACUUAAUCACUGGCACCUGGGCAUUUCAUGACCACCUUCCCACCUCUCAGCUUGCGGAGUAUAGCGAAAGCACUGAAUGAAUGAAUGAAUGAAUGAAUGAAUGAAUGAAUGAAUGAAUGAAUUCUCGUGAAGGUUUCAAUUGCUUCUCAUCUCUCUUCUUAGAUAAGCCUAGGGGUAACAGAUCUGCCUUUAAGGGCCAGCGAGAUCACUCAGUGAGGGGGAUGAGUGCUUGCUGCCAAGCCCGUCACCCUGGGUUCACCCUCCAGAACCCACACGGUAAAGGUUGUCCUCUGAGUCCCACAUACACACCCAUCCGUGUACACAUACAUGAAAGUGAGUGUAUCUCAAAUAAAGUAAAUGUGCCAGGUGGUGGUGGCACACACCUUCAACCCCAGCACUGGCUGGUUUGGGGGAGGGGGGCGGCAGAGGCAGGGAGAUCUCUGAAUUCCAGGUCAAGUUCCAGGACAGCGAAGGCUGCACGAAGAAGCCCUGUCUGGGGCUGGGGGUGGGAGGUGAAAUCAGUGAGUGUGAGAGCUUCACACUCCUGUUCUAUCUGGCUUUGCCUUUGGUGAGAAUCAUUGUCUCUGCUUUGGUGGGUUCUGGAUGCAUCCAGCUACCAUUUCCUUGACUUCCCUUUGCUCUUGUCCCUUUCCCAACCACUGCCUUUUUUUUUUUUUUAAAUAGAUGGAGUCUGCUCUGUUGCCCAAGCUAGCCUCAAACCUCUCAAAUCAAAGAACUAACCACACACAUACACACACACACACACACACACACACACACACACACACACACACACACACACGCCGUCUUAGUUCCCUGAAUCUCCGGGUCUCCAGCUUUGCCUGUGUGGCUGGUUUUGCCUCUCCCUUAUGCUUGGCACUGCUUCAUCCUGGGGCUCAACCUCCUGUCUCUCUGAAACUCCAUCCUAAAUUUUCUUCUAGCCCCCAAUAACAGAGCUGACUAGUGAGUUCAAAGCCAUCUUAGGUUACAUACCAAGUCUACCUCAAUUUGUUUGUUUGUUUGUUUGUUUUCGAGACAGAGUUUCUCUGUGUAGCUUUGCAGCCUGUCCUGGAACUCACUCUGUAAACCAAGCUGGCCUCGAACUCUCAGAAAUCCGCCUGCCUCUGCCUCCCAAGAACUAGGACUAAAGGCGUGCGCCACCACCGCCUGGCCAAAAAAAAAUUUUAAAUGCUAGUCGUAGACUAGAGAGGGUGCUCAGGGGACAAAGGUACUUGUCAUCAAUGACAGGAGUUUAAUCCCUAGGACACACUUAGUUCAAGGAGAACGAACACUUGCAAGUGUGUCUGACUUCCCACACAUGCACUGAACAAACAUACAAGUUUUCUGGUGUUGUUUGAGACAGGGUCUCACUAUGUAGCUUUGACCGGCAUCCAACUCACAGAGAUCUGAGUGCCUCUGGCUCCCGCGUGCUAGGAUUAAAGGCGUAGCCUGGCUUAAUUUUUUAAAGACCUGCUGGUCCUUUUCCUGCUCCCACAUAACAGAUGAAGACAUGGUUGUUGACAGUCACUUCAGGUCAGGCAGCAAUAACAGAGUCAAGGCUGAAGUGCAGGCCUUGGCCUGUGAGGCCAGAACUUAACGCUGGUACAAUGUGUAGCUGAGACUGUUUACCCAUGAUGGUAGUGCCGUCUCAAAGUUGGUGGCCUCCUGGGAUCUUUCAAGUCCCUGUACCCCAAUCUGUAGUUGAGUCAAUCGGUGAAGUUUUUAAAAGUCUCAUUGCUGAGUCAGGUAUGAUGGUACACACCUGUCAUCCUAGCAUUUGGGAGGCUAGGGCAGGAAGACGGCCACAAAUUCAAGGCCAGCUUGAGCUACAAGCACCACCCCUGUUUAAAAAGAGAAUGGAGAGAUGGCUCUGCAGUUCCGAGUGAGGGCUGAGCCAGGCUCGGGAAGCAGAUUUCUGUGACCCUGUCUACAAAACAAAAAUACCCAAACCAGACAAAGUAGUAUAACACCUCUAAUCCCAUCAGUCAGGAGGCAGAAGCAGGCAGAUCUCUGUGAAUUUGAGGUCAUCUUGGUUUACAUAGUGAGAUCCAGGCCUGCCAGGGCUACAUAGAAAAACCCCCGUCUCAAAACAAAACAAAAACACCCACAAAUAUUAGGACCAACUUCUUUGGGAUUCCAAUGUAGACUGAAGACCUGAAGCUCUCCAAGAAUCCUUCAGUCCUCCAGGGCCAGAAAGGGACUGCUGAGAUAUGCAGCCUUGUAGACUGAACAACUACUGAACAAUAACUCUUGGCUUCUCCAGGGUGAGACAACCUCCUAUACAUAAAGAGAGAA